AUGCAAGAUCCGUCAAAUCCAAACUCCAUUAAGUUUCCGACGACAACGUUUUCAGCUGCAUUCCGUCCAUCUCACCACCGACGAGCUCAGUCGGAGGUCAAUUUCCGGUUGCCGGAGGAUCUAGAUCUGGUAUCCGACCCAUUCGAUGCUCCGGCAGGAAGUUUCGAGGAGAUCGGGUCGGAGGAUGAUUUCUUCUCUACUUAUAUGGAUAUUGAGAAGCUCGCCGGUGGAUCUAAUCCCACUGAUAUCGAUGCUGGUGCUGCUCGAGUGGGAGUUGAGAGUAGUGAUGGAGAGAAGAAGCCACGUCAUAGGCAUAGUAAUUCUGUCGAUAGUUCAAGUUUGUUGAUGACGGAGAGUAUUGAAGCUAAGAAAGCUAUGGCUCCUGAUAAAUUAGCUGAACUAUGGACUAUUGAUCCAAAACGUGCCAAAAGGAUUUUGGCGAAUCGACAGUCUGCUGCUCGUUCUAAAGAGAGAAAGACUCGUUAUAUAUCUGAACUUGAGAGAAAAGUUCAGACCCUUCAAGCAGAAGCGACCACUCUUUCUACACAACUGACCCUUUUCCAGAGGGAUACAACUGGGCUAACUAAUGAGAAUACAGAGCUUAAGCUCCGGUUACAAGCAAUGGAACAACAAGCUCAAUUACGUGAUGCUCUGAACGAAGCACUGAAACAGGAAGUUGAAAGACUUAAAAUAGCUACAGGGCAGAUAUCAGCUUCCUCAGAUGCAUACAGUUCAGGAAUGCAGCAAAUUCAAUAUAACCGUCCAGCAUUCUUUCCUCAUCAGACGCAGCCAGGGCCAAGCGAAUCACACAACAUACAGAUGUCGCAGUUUCACCACCUCCAGGACAGCAUAUCUAAUCCGCGUCACCCUCUACUUUCAGGCAAUGCACAGGCUCUGGCAGACGCAAUGCAACAAGAUCCCCUCUGUCGUUUUCAGGGUCUUGAUAUUAGUAGCAGGGGCUCUCAUCUCGUAAAGACUGAAGCACCCUCCAUUUCUGCCAGUGAAAGCAGCACUACAUUCUAAUUGAGUUGCCAAUUCGUGCAUUACACUCCCAACCAUAUUUAUUAAACUGUCCAUAGACUGACACGUGUUAAUAAACCGUAGGAACUUCAUUAUUCUUAAUUUUUUUCUGAUUAGUUAUUUGUCCCAUUAGACUCGAGUUUAGGUUUAACAGGUCAUGAUAUUUCUGUUUCUGUUCAGUUUCCUUUCUUAAUCUGAACCAAAACCUUAUGAUUUAUUCAUGUAAUGCUUAUAGGAAGGUUGUCCACUGUCACCACUACUCGGUGUUGCAAUGUGUUUGUGUUGUUGCAUUUUUUAGUGUUUGAACGUACAACUUCACUCUAGUUUUGAAUAA